UUUAAACCAAUUUGGCAGUAAGUACACUCCGUUAGGAGAGUAAAACAUAAUUCUACUCGUUAAUUAAUAGUUAACGUGGUUGGUUUACUUGCAAGAUGUUUCGCCAAUUAAAGCUGACGUUGAAUAUUUCCCGAUGGAUUUUCGCGCCCUGGCAGCGCCAAGCAUCCACCACCAGCCAGGAGCCGCCCUUCCUGGCCCCCAUUAGCGAUGUGAUUGUGGACUACGAGGAUCCGGACUACUUGCCGUUGCCGGAGUACCCGGCGCGUCCCAACGAGCCCCUGGAGACACGCAAGCAGCGUUUGAUCUAUCAAUCGCGUAAACGUGGAAUGCUGGAGAACGAUCUACUGUUGAGCACCUUUGCAGCCAAGUAUCUGAAGGGGUUUAGUGCCGAGCAGACGGCCAUCUACGACCAGUUGAUCAACGGGGUCAGCAACGACUGGGACAUCUACUACUGGGCCACCGAUGUGAAACCCACGCCCGACGAAUACAACACGGAGAUCAUGCAGCUGCUCAAGGAGCACGUGAAGAAUGCCGAGCGUGUCACGCGCUUACGUCAGCCAGAUCUGACUUAGUGAGGGGCGCAUGUAAUGUCCUUCCUCCUCCACAGGGGAAAACAUGACCCUGGCCAGCUGACACGCGACUUGCCCUGGGCCAUGGUUUCCCCCCAUAGAAUCCUCUUAGUUUUAAGGAUUAUAAAUUAUUUAUGCAGUUGA